GCACAUUUCUCUGAGCGCUUCUCUUGAAGAAGCGAUCUCAUGCGAUUAUUGGAAAAUCAUGUAGGAAAGUUUGUGCACUCUGAUGCAGAAAAAGAACUUGGAUAGAGCUGAAAAAUGCCCAUGGGUCAUAAUUUCUCAACUGUGACCAUCAUGCUCCAGAUAUGUGUGAUGUUCUGUUUGCUGUCAGUUGUCGUCUCCCAGUCAACAUAUUCCUCACCCAAGAGAGGUCGCAACAUCACCAUCCACUCCUCCCAGCUGGUCUGCAGUCUGCCAGGCCCAGCGGGGCCAGCAGGAAAUCCCGGAGCCCCUGGAUCACCAGGGGCCAUGGGCCCCAUGGGGCCCCCAGGGAAGGAUGGCCUGGACGGGAAGGAUGGAGAGAAGGGAGGAAAGGGAGAUGGAGGUGAUCCGGGGAGGCCCGGGAACCCAGGCAAGCCAGGUGUGAAAGGGCGUGAAGGUGUUAUCGGCAAGGCUGGACCUCGAGGACUGAAGGGGCUACGAGGAACACCAGGGGUCGCUGGAAAACGAGGACUAAAAGGAGAGCUGGGUGACGUGGGCCAGCAGGGAGCUCCUGGAGGCUGCAACUGUGGCAGUGCAGCCCGAUCAGCCUUCUCUGUGGCAGUGACAAAGAGUUACCCUAAAGAGCUACUGCCCAUCCGCUUCAGCAGGAUCCUGCUGAAUGAGGGGAACCAUUACAAUGCGAGCAGUGGGAAGUUUGUCUGUGCUGUCCCCGGGGUCUAUUAUUUCACAUAUGAUAUCACUCUGGCAAAUAAGCACCUGGCCAUCGGGCUGGUCCACAAUGGACAGUACAAGAUCAAGACAUUUGAUGCAAAUACAGGGAACCAUGACGUGGCGUCUGGUUCUACUGUUCUCCACCUGCAGCAGUCUGAUCAGGUCUGGCUGCAGAUCUUCUACUCCGAGCAGAACGGACUCUUCUUUGACCCUUUUUGGACAGACAGCACCUUCACUGGCUUUCUUAUCUACGCUGACCAGGACUAUCUUAAAGAGGCUGAUAGAAAGGCUAAUGCUCAGGAUGACAGUUAAUAGCGUAAUCCUGAAAUAUCUUUGUUUAAUUUUAAUAACUGACUUAAUUUCACAUGAAAAUGUUAUGAAAAUCCACUUUUACAAAGGUUGCUCUAGAAUGGUAGGCCUCUGUGAAUUUCAGUUGUUUAACACGUUCUGACACCAGGGGGCACAAGGAAAGACAAAAGUCAACCACAGUUGGGGAACCACAUAAAAUGCUUUAAUAUUUCAAAGCCAUGUGUUUUGGCUGCAGUAUCCUUCAUGGUGCUGUGGUUCUGACAAAAUCUUUUAAAGUUUCUCCAAUAAGUAACAGAAUGAUUUCCUUCCUUUAGAUUUAUCUUAACAGGAGCUGCAAGGUUGGCACAGGGUUUUUUGUUGCUGUUGUUUUCAACAGAAGGUGGCACAAAGCCAUCUUCUUUUUAAAUACACAAAGACAACAUACAAUUGGAAGUGAAAUUAAACCAAUAUUGCUAUAUUAAUUUUACAGUAUAAUGUAUUCCUGAGCACACACAAUUGACUGUUUGACAAGUGAACAUAAAAACAAUUCAUUUCUACAUUUACCUUUAUUUUUUUAACAUAUGGUGAUGCAUUAAAAAUUUGGCCUGACACAACUAA